AUGGCACUUUUCCCAGACACUGAAGAGCUAGUUGCAUCGAUUGAACCAUUCUUGAGGGCAAAUAAAACAAAAGGUGCUUACAGAGACCUGGCACACUAUCUGGACAUUCAGUCUCGACUGAUGAAGGAAGAUUACUUAUCUCCAAUACGAACUGGCUUGAAGAAUUUUAAAUUGGCAUUGCAGAAUAACACAAAUGUGAAAGAAGAUGACCUGAGAUUUUAUUACAAUGUUAAGAUAGCGAAGAUUUCCUUUGAGUCUGAUCAAGGUAUCACACAUUUUGUUCACUUUGACAACUCUCCAUUCAAAGAGUUAGACUGGGAGUACUCAAAGCGCCUGAUGUUUGGGUCUCUACUUGUGUUCUCCAAUGACAACUUUGAAUCAACUAUUUUUGCUACAGUUGCUUACAGAGAUGUAGAAAAACUUCAAAGGGGAAUAUUACAAGUCAUGUUUCAGAACAACUUAGAAAAAGUCUUCACAUCUUCUGAAAAUGACACUUUCAUUAUGGCAGAGACAACGGCCUACUUUGAGUCAUACAGGUAUGUUCUUGAAGGACUGCAAGAAAUGGAGGCAAUACCACUGGAAAGAUACAUUAUUUCUUGCAUGCGUGAGAUUUACCCUCCACGUUACUUGCAAGAAAACAUGCGCUACAAUAUAGCCUCAAUCAUGAAGAAUGUUUAUGAUAGUUACCCUGUACCUGUUUUGAAAGACACUGAAUGGCCUUCUGCUGAUUCAACUUCACUGAAUGAUUCUCAGCUUGAAGCACUGAAACUGGCUCUGUCCAAUGAGAUUGCUAUUAUACAGGGACCUCCGGGAACUGGAAAGACUUAUGUGGGACUAAAAAUCAUGAGGAUUAUCUUGGAAAAUAAAGUUAUGAAAAAAGCUUUUGGAAGUAGAGGCCCCAUUCUUGUUGUUUGCUACACAAACCAUGCCCUGGAUCAGUUUCUAGAAGGAAUUCUUGACUUCUGCCAAACAGGCAUUGUCCGUGUUGGUGGCGGAAGUUCUAGUCCACAGCUGGAAAAUUUUAACUUGAAACAACUUCGUCAGAAUCGAUCUUUGUCUCGAAAAAUUCCAGCUCGCAUCAAUGAAGCCAUAAAAUCAUUUAGGAGGCAACUUAAAGCCGUUAGCACAGCAAUUAACCGCCAUUGGCAAGAAACACUGCGACUGGAAACAACUAUUUUAAAUGUAAAAGAUCUUGAAGAAGAAAUGAGUGAGAAACACAAAGAAUCUUUGAUGGAUCCAAGAAGAGAGACAGACAUUGGUGGGCAUAUCAUGAGUAAAUGGCUCAAGGCAUCAAAUGCCAACAUGGAUAACUUCCUUAACAAAGCUGCUAUUAAACACUUGGGGAAAGUCAUUGCAAAAGGGGAUAAUAUUCAGAAUGAUUCUAGUUUGAAUAACAAAAAGUCAGCAGCCAGGACUGACUUUCAGACCAGAGUGAAAAUUUACAAUUAUUGGAUCAAAAAAUAUGAAACUGACAUUGAAGAAAAAGUUGACAAACUGCUUUCUGAUGUUACUCCUAUGAAUGAAAGGAAGCUGCAGGAACUCAUGGCACUCAAGGAUGAAAUCAGCAAUGAUAUACUCAGGGAUGAUAUUCUUCAGCCGUACAUGAGUGACAAAGUCUAUGAGUCCAUCAGAGGGUGUGUUAAACUUGAAAGUAAAGAAGAGACUAAGGAAUCUUCAUAUGUGCGGAAUUGGCUUCUGAACCGUGUUACAAGGACUGACCAACUGCUGGACGCCAUUGAGCAGUUGACAGUGAAAAUGUCAGGAGGCAAACAGCAACGUGGACGAGGCCGAAUUUUCGCAGACACUGAGACUGCAAUUCAUGAAAAUCGGUGGGUUAUUGACGACAGUGAUGAUGCUGAUGCAAACACUGAUGAAAGUAGUGAUGAAAAUGAAGAAGACGAAGGAAGAGCUAUGGAUGAUCUAGAUGACGGAGGAACACUUAAAAUGUCGGAUAUCAAAGAACUAGAGAACAGUUACAAACAGUUUCAGGACAGGGAAAUUGUAAUGCUUCAGAGGGCAAAAAUGUUAGGAAUCGAUUUAACAGUGGAAGAUGAUGAACAGUGGCAAACAGCAAAUACCAUGUCUUACAGUAAAGUGUUUGGUCUGUAUCACAAUGCUGAAGCUUUUACUGAGCAAGAAGCAUCAUCAGUUACUGACCUGUGGAAUCUUCAGUUACGAGAUCGGUACAGGCUGUACAAGUACUGGGUUCUGGAGAGAAAACAAAAACUGACAAGGCGGCUUACUGACCUCACUGAAGAGUACAAGAUUAUUUCAAAACUGAAAAAGAAGGCCUUAUCAUUUAAAGAUAUUGAGAUCUUGAAGAGAGCAAGGGUCAUUGGUAUGACAACAACUGGGGCUGCUAAACAAAGAGAAGUCCUUCGAGAUGUUGGCUGUCACAUAAUUGUUGUGGAAGAAGCUGCAGAAGUCCUGGAGGCUCAUAUUGUGACAACUUUAAACCGUAACUGCCAGCAUCUUAUCCUGAUAGGAGACCAUCAGCAGCUGCGACCAAGUCCUACAGUUCACAAACUGGCAGUUGACUAUGAUUUGGAGAUCUCCCUCUUUGAACGUCUGAUAAAGAACAACAUACCCCAUGUCACUCUUACAGAGCAGCACAGAAUGAGGCCAGAAAUCUCCACCUACUUGCAACACAUCUAUCCUAACCUGCAGGAUCACUUCUCUGUUUUUAAGUAUGACAAUGUCAGGGGUGUUAACUCUAAUGUGUUUUUCCUACAGCAUGAAUAUAAGGAAAGUGAAGUUGAUGAUACCACAAGCAAGGCUAACAUACAUGAAGCCAGAUUUCUUACAGGCCUAUGUAAAUACUUUAUUCAGCAUGAGUAUCUUGGCAGCCAAAUAACUGUUCUAGCAGCAUACAGUGGCCAGGUGACAAGUAUAAGAAAUGAGAUGGAAAAAGAAGAAGGCAUCUAUGAUAAUGUCAGAGUAACAUCCAUUGACAAUUAUCAAGGAGAAGAAAAUGACAUCAUUCUGAUAUCUCUGGUCAGAAGUAAUGAAUUGAAUGAAGUUGGAUUCUUGAAAACUGACAACAGAGUGUGUGUCGCACUAUCCAGGGCUAAAAUGGGCCUAUUUGUAAUUGGAAAUUUCCAGCAGCUAGCACUGAAAAGUACACUGUGGAGAAACAUUGUGCACACAGCCAAAGAAGACCAUGUCUUUGGUGUUGGGAUGAAGAUGGUUUGCAGAAAUCAUAAUCAUAUAACAUACAUAGUCAAUCCAGAAGAUUUUGCAAAAGAAGUCCCAGAAGGUGGCUGCCUAAGACCUUGUGAAGCUACUCUGCCUUGUGGUCACACAUGCACUAGACUAUGCCAUUCUUCUGAUCCUAACCAUGAAACUUCCAAAUGCACACAGCCAUGUCUGAAAGUGUGCCCACAAGGGCACCCAUGUCAGAAAGAUUGCUAUAGAGAGUGUGGUUACUGUGAGGUUCGAGUUGUUAAAGAAAUCCCUCUCUGUGGCCAUAAAGACCAAGUUCCAUGUUAUCUUGAUGUAGAUGAUGUGCUUUGUUCACGUAGCUGUGGAACAACCAUGGCUUGUGGUCAUAUUUGCAGAGGACAGUGUGGAGUUUGUAUGAGCAAAGGCCACCAGCCAUGCUUAGAAAAAGUUGACAAAGUCUGGCAUUGUACUCACAGAAAUAAUGUUGAAUGUUGCACAGAUACUUCAACAGAUCCCUGUCCAACUAAAUGCAGCAUGCGUCUUGAUUGUGGACACAAAUGCAAAGGAACAUGUGGUGGAUGUUUAUCAGGCCGUGUACAUAGAGCAUGUGCGGAAAAAUGCAAACAGCCAUUACCAUGCGGACACCCGUGUGAAGGUUUGUGUGGAGUUAUUUGUGCUCCAUGCAGAUCGCGAUGUCUCACAUCUUGCAGACAUGCAUCUUGUGCUAAAACAAAUUGUGGGGAUCCUUGUGAUCCAUGCAUGGAAAACUGUGCCAUGGUCUGUCAACACAGAAAAUGUGCAGCUCUCUGCAUGGAUGAAUGUGCUGAACCUCCUUGCAGCAAGAUGUGUGGCAAGCCGGCUCCGUGCAAACACAAAUGCAUGUCUCUGUGUGGGGAGAUUUGUGUAUGCUACCAGUGCGAAAAAGAAAACUUUCACCUCAUUGACACCAGCAGUAAGAACAAACCAAAGUGGAUGGUUGCUCACGAGAAGCAGGAAAGAGCUAAAAAGUUUGAAGUUGACAAAGAGACAGUUUUAAUGAAGAUACCAAAAUGUAAGCACAUCUUUACUCUUGCUCAGUUGGACAGAUACAUUGAAUCUUUUGAGCCCACGGAUACAAGUUUUCUUCGGUGCCCGGUGUGUCCCACGCCAGUGCAAGGAAUAAGUAGGUACGAAAAUAUUAACCGUCAAAGGGCAGAAAGAAGAGAGAACAUGAAGGAAGAAAUAAUUCAGAAUAGCAGAGUUUCAGACAAAAAAAUCAGUAGGCUUAUAAAAUCAAAGCUAGUUGUGGAACGUUUCUGCACAGUUGAUGAAGGAGAGUUCUUGUCUAGAAAUUCAGAGAUUGAUUCAAACCAUGCACUAGCUCUCUCCAUGCAGAUGCGCUUUGCUUUUGCUUUAUCAAAAGUGUAUAGCAUUCACAGAUCCUUCAAUCAAGACAUAGACUUUAAAAUUAGGAAGUGGAAAUUAAUUGUUUCCUCAAUCCAGCUGAGCAUGCCGCCCCAGCUUUGUACAGAGAUGACUAUGGAACUACAUCGGCUGUUGCUGUGUGAACAGUUUACAUUUCUCGCCAAGAUGUUUAAGAAUAUGGAGAUCCCCCUAAAGGAUGAGGUGAAAACUAACCUUCGAGCUGCUCUUAAAGACCUCGGCAAACAACAGAAGCUAAUUCCUGAAGAUAAAAGCAACUUGCAAGGUAUCCUGGACAGUUUGUAUGAAGAAUUUUAUCGUAUGGCCCCAAGUGAUGAAUGGUCAGUGGAUGCCAAGAGCUUGCAGAGUCAAGUAGCUUCUGUGACUGAUGUACUUGAUCAACCUCAGACAGAGGACCUCAUCACAAUUUUGCAACAGAUUGCACCACAAGAGCUGAAAGUUCAUUCAACUAGAGUUCUUGAACGAGACUCAGACACAGAUGAGGAUGAUGAGGAUGAUGAUGAUGAUGAAUCCAAUUAG